UUGUCUUGUAGCACUGUUGAUCACCGCUGAUCAAUACUAGUAAAAACCCUAGAUAAACAUAUAAACCCGGUGUUAACCUGUCCAUUACAUAUCAGAUAGAUCUAAUACUUCACAAGAGAAUGUAAUUUAUAUAGUGUAGUAUGGUCCUUUAAGGAGAUCUCAGUCAUUACUAAUGAAGCAAUAUUUGUCAAAGGAAAGUUAUUUGAUUAUCGUAAAGUUUUUCUAAGUAUUACUUUGGGGAUUUUGUCUGUGUUAUGAUCCUGUUAUUGACUCUUAAUCAGCUGAUUGGGAUAUUUGGAUGUUAAAAAGAAAUACUUUUUUAGCGGAAUGAUCUACUACCUGAGUAUCACGGUGUUAAUUAUAUUAUUAUACCUGGAGUCAGUUAGAAGUACUUUCCCACACCAAUUUGACAAAUAUUCUACACACAACGUUACAGUGACAGAAGGCCAACAGGCGAUCCUCCCAUGUCAUGUUGAAUCCAAAAAAGAAAUUAUGAUAAUAUGGAUGAAUCCCAAAAAGAUUAUGAUAUCUGAAAGAGAAAGUCGAUAUAUCGAUGACCCUCGUAUUAGUGUAGAGCGGCCAUUUGUUGGAGACUAUAAUUUACACAUUAGAAAUGUACGAUACGAUGAUAGAGGAGAGUACACCUGUAAUAGUAAUAAAGUUCCUGUAGAAUCCAGACGUAUAAGACUAAUUGUGAAAGUGCCUUCUAAGUUUGUAAGAGAUCAACAGCGUGAUGAAGUAAUAACCAGAGAAGGAACAACCGUCAAACUUACAUGUAAUGCCACUGGAAUACCCACGCCUAAUAUCACAUGGUUUAGACGCUUAUCUAUAGAAGAAGAGCAUCCCGAACAGGUUGGUAAUGUGGGAGAAGUAUUAAUGAUUUAUAAUAUUAGUCGACACUGUGGUGGCAUGUAUGAGUGCAUGGCAUUUAAUGGAGUAUAUCCAGCGAUUUCAAAAACCAUUAAAGUCGAAGUACAAUUUAAACCUGAAAUAACUAUAAGAAAUAGACGUUUAGGACAGAAAAAGAAUAAAGAAACAAUGUUAGAGUGUAUCGUGACAGCAUCUCCACAAGGAGAUAAUUAUUGGAAAAGGGGCAAAAAUGAAAUCUCUAAAAAUGAAUAUGGUUAUAGAGUUGAAAUUUAUCCUGAAGACGAUUAUACUAUAUCAAUUUCUUUAAGAAUUUUGAAUGUUCAAAAUGAUGACUUUGGUUUAUAUACUUGUGAAGCCAAAAAUGCUUUAGGCAUGUCAAGUGAUACUAUGGAAUUAUAUGAAUAUGUAGAACCAACAUUACCGCCAACAACGACAACAACUGUCACUCCAAAACACAAAAAAUAUAACAGACCUGAUAAAACUAGACUUUAUAAACAAAACAAUUUAGAUACAGAAGAAGACAGUUUGGAGUAUGUAGAUGAUGUUGAUUACCGAAAAGCAUUGUCUCAGAAUCCACGUACACAGGUCUCAGGUCAAAUUGGAACUGGUGAAUAUGGCAAUUCUGCAGUUAAAGUUCGUAAUCAGCUUGGUAUUUUGUCUUUGACUCUAAUUUUAUGGAAGUUUGUAUUUUAGAAUGACGAAGCAUUGUUUACAAGAAAUAACGAGAAAGUAUCAUAGAAAUCUCACAUGUUUUAUUAUCAAAUAGUUGUUCGUCCAAUUUGACGAUUUAUUACUGGUUUAAUCUUUUUUAUAAGAAAAGAUUUUGAGACUUGUAGACAAUCUGCUAAAAAGAAACAUGGAAGUGAAAAGAAAGCAUAAUGAUUCGUCGAACAAGACAUUGUCGAAAUGCAUAGGUUUGCUUUCCAGUGCGGCUGAAAUAUUUUGUACAUGCUUAAGAUUAUCAUGAUGAUCUAUUAUAGUACCUAAAGCUCUUUAAAUGUAAAGUUUGAAUAUUUAAGGUCCAUCAUGAAUCAAAUUAUUACAUUUUGAUUGCUAUGGAUGAAGUAAUCUAUGUGCCAAAUACUACAACAUAAAAUUGAGUACACUGGUUUCCAAUUUUGUAUAUAUUAUUACUUCGGUAUAUACUGCCAACACAUACACGACUACUUUACAUAGGAAACAAAUAUGUUUCUGUAGAACAUUUAAAAUGAAAAUUGUAAUUGAAAUAUGAAUAUUUAUAGCUUUCAUACCGACUGAGAAUUGGACAUCGCUUGAUGUCAAUUAGAGUUAGAGUGAGAGACCCAUAUUCGCCGCAUAAUUCGUUCAUUUUCACUUACAUCCGACCUAAUUCGAAUAUUUGGAACUUUUUAUGAAGGUUUCAGAGAUUUAACUAUAUGAAAAAAAUGUUUGAUAAAGAAAUUAUCUUCAAAACAUUGGUUAAUUGUUCUAAAAACGAACGCAAACUCAAGAGUAAAUCAAGUUGUUCGUGUACCAUGGGGGACACAUUUUCGCCGCAAUGUAUGAUAUGACCAUCCUCAUUAUCCUGGUAUAUUAUAAAAACGAAUGUUUGCAAUUACAUGAAUUAGCUUGAGAGAUCAUUCUUAUACGAUUUUUCUCAUAAAUAUUUUCUUUAAGACUGCGCAUGAUUGCCAUAUAAAUCUUACAUAAUUGCUAAAAUCAUUUAAAAACACCUGCGUAUUUCUCAAUAUAUGCGAAUAACCUUAGAAAUGGGGUAAAGAGGAAUAUCAACAGUUGUAACAUUACAAACGGCCUUUACCAUCUUUUUAGGCAAGUAUUGGGCAAAGGCACACAAAUUUUACAAAAAAAAUAGCAAAACGGCGAAAAUGUUUCCAAGGCGAAUAUGCGCCACCCACCGUUCAACUUCAUUUUAAUUUCGUAAUGAACGAGCUUUUGGCGAGUUAUUUUUUAUUACUAUCUAAAUUAUAUAACGAGCGUUGAUAUCAAGCGAUAUUCAAUUUUGUAGAGUUGUUAAACCUAUUUCUCUUAUGAUAAACAUUAUCUUUGUGUUAAAUAAAAAUCCCGAGACUAUAUUUGAUCUAUUAUUUUGCACAUACCAGUAUGACGUCAUAUAAUGUCCGGGUUCCAGCGUCAAACUUUUUAAAACAUUAGACAUGUACUGUAUAUACAAUUAACUCUUUUUGUAACUUCAUAAUAUAAUAAAAUUUUACAAAAUAAGAUUUUCAGGUGAAAACUGUUAGUGUUUUGUAUAUUAUUGAAGAGAUCACAUAUCUCCGUUGCUACAUGUACAUCCUUUUGACCUUUGAAAGUCGUCAAUGACCAAUGGAAAUGUCCCAAUAUCGUUUCAUGAUGGUGGAUAAGCCAAUCAAAUAAAAGACAUUUUCGUAUCACACUCCUGCAGUGGGAUACAAAAAAUAUCUCGUCAUGCGAAAAAUAGAUAGCAGGCCACAACCACAAGGGAAUGAUUUCACACCAUUAUUUCAAGUAUACCAUUUGAUGAUCACCCAAGUCAUUAAAACAAAGUUUAAGUCCGUAUUAGUAUUCAAGAUUGUAAAGAAUGUAGCUGUAUAUAUAAUAGUUGAUUUCUGAUUCAAGGAUUUUAUUUUACAGUCUUAUUUUCUAUUUUCCUUUAUGUUUUUAUUAGGGAUAGAUUUUGAAUGGUGCAAGUUAUGUCAUGGACACUGUUUACCUUGUUAGAUUUUAUAUUUUGUAUUGUUUCUUCUAUUAUGAAAUAAAUUGAUUGAAUGUAUACUAGUAUAUGAAAUGUUUAUUUGAUAAGAGUGUUCGAAUAUAUGCAAGGUAUGUGUCUGACAGUUCAUAUUAUUCCGAUGACGGUGAUAUAAAAAUGUAUCUAAUAUAGUAUUCAGAUGUAGUCGUGUUAUACUGUCUGAUACAGACAUUCAUCUGUAGUCGUUUGUAUUAUAUGUAAAAAGACGUUGUUUUUGUUUUUGUGUUUUUUUUUUCGUAAUAAAUCAUUCAUAUAAAAUUG